AAGCCCGACAAGCCUGUGCAAGCCCACCGAUCGGAGGCGCUCCCAACGUUCCCAUUCAAGCGUUUCAGAAAGAUUUCAACCGUCGACAUCUUUUGGCGGGCCAACAACUAAGAUGUCGGCCGAGCAAUUAGGCUUCCCCGUGUGCCCGUUUGCCGCCUAGCCUGCGUGGUGCCGAGGCUUGCGAGCUUUGCGCCCCGUCUCCAACUCCGAGCAGCGUUUCGGACUCUCACGGCGCGGUCUUUGUCCACAGACGCCAUGUCGUCGGACGAGGAAUACGGGUCUCCCACGACGCCGGCCGCCAAGCAGAAUGGAGCACCGGCGGCCGCGUCGAACAAAGGAAAUCUCUCGGUGGAACGCAUCUACCAGAAGAAGAGCCAGCUCGAGCACAUCUUGCUCCGGCCCGACACCUACAUCGGGUCCGUGGAGCCGAUUUCGCAGACGAUGUGGGUCUACGACGGCGAAGAGAACGGCGGCAUGAAGAACCGUAGCGUCACGUACGUGCCCGGCCUCUACAAGAUCUUCGAUGAAAUUCUCGUGAACGCGGCGGAUAACAAGCAGAGGGACAAGAACAUGGACUGCAUCAAGAUCGAGAUCGACCCCGACGCCAACCGCAUUAGCAUUUGGAACAACGGGAGGGGUAUUCCCGUGGUCGAGCACAAGGUCGAGAAGAUGUUCGUACCCACGCUCAUCUUCGGACACCUCCUCACGUCGUCGAACUACAACGACGAGGAGAAAAAGGUGACGGGAGGCCGCAACGGCUACGGAGCCAAGUUGUGCAACAUCUUCAGCACAAAGUUCAUCGUGGAGACAUACUCGCGCAGCGAAAAGCGCCUUUUCAAACAGGUCUGGGAGGACAACAUGAAGAAGACAACGGAGCCAAAAAUCCGGACGGAGCCCAAGGGGGAGGACUUCACCCGGAUCACCUUCCAUCCGGACCUGUCCAAAUUCUCCAUGGAGAAGCUGGACGCCGACACGGUUGCGCUGCUCUCGCGGAGGGCCUACGACGUGGCCGGCUGCACGCGUGGCGUGAAGGUGUACCUGAACGGCAAGCGGCUGCCGGUGAAGGGCUUCAAGGACUAUGUGGGCCUCUUCCUGAAGGACAAGGAGGACGAGGCGGGCAACCCGCUGACGGUGGUCUACGAGAGCCCCAGCGACCGCUGGGAGGUGGCGGUCACCCUCAGCGAGGCCGGCGAGUUCCGCCAGAUGAGCUUCGUCAACAGCAUCGCCACCACCAAGGGGGGCAGCCACGUCGACUACAUUGCCGAGCAACUCACCAAGAAGGUGCUGGAGAACGUAAAGAAGAAGAACAAGGCUGGUGUGAAGAUCCAGAACAAGCAGAUCAAGGACCAUGUCUGGGUGUUCGUGAACUGCCUCAUCGAGAACCCCACCUUCGACUCUCAGACCAAGGAGAACAUGACCCUGCAGGCCAAGAAGUUUGGCUCCAAGUGCGAGCUGAGCGACAAGUUCUACAACCAGGUGCUCAAGUGCGGCGUGGUGGAGGCGGUCAUGUCCUGGCUCACCUUCAGGGCCCAGAAGCAGCUUGGAAUGAAGUGCUCGGCCAAAAAGCACUCCAAGCUCAAGGGCAUCCCCAAGCUUGAGGACGCCAACGACGCCGGGACCCGCAACUCGGUGGACUGCACCCUGAUCUUGACAGAGGGGGACUCGGCCAAGUCGCUAGCCGUGUCUGGCCUUGCGGUGGUGGGGCGGGACAAGUAUGGCGUCUUCCCACUCAAGGGAAAGAUGCUCAACGUCCGGGAGGCCUCCCACAAGCAGAUCCUCGAGAACGCCGAGAUUAACAACGUCAUCAAGAUCAUGGGGCUGCAGUACAAGAAAAAGUAUGAGUCGGUGGAAGACCUGAAGGCGCUCCGCUACGGCCGCCUGAUGAUCAUGACAGACCAGGACCAGGACGGCUCGCACAUCAAGGGCCUGGUGAUCAACUUUAUCCACCACAAUUGGCCGUCACUGCUCAAGCUGCCCUUCCUGGAGGAGUUCAUCACGCCCAUCGUCAAGGCCAGCAAGGGCAAGAACGAGAUCUCCUUCUACAGCCUGCCUGAGUUCGAGGAGUGGAAGACGGCCACGGACGACUGGCAGCGCUGGAAGGUCAAGUACUACAAAGGUCUGGGCACCAGCACGGGCAAGGAGGCCAAAGAGUACUUCUCGGACAUGCUGCGGCACCGCAUCAAGUUCAAGUACCAGGGAGGCGAGGACGACCGGGCCAUCGAGCUGGCGUUCAGCAAGAAGUUGGCAGACCAGCGCAAGGACUGGCUCCGCGGUGGCAUGGAGGAGCGCAAGCAGCGCCGAGAGCUGGGCCUGCCCGAGAUUUACCUGUACGGCAAGGAGACCAAGAACAUCACUUACGAGGACUUUGUCAACAAGGAGCUGAUCCUGUUCAGCAACAUGGACAAUGAGCGCUCGAUCCCGUCCCUGGUGGACGGGCUCAAGCCGGGGCAGCGCAAGGUGCUGUACACGUGCUUCAAGCGCAACGACAAGCGGGAGAUCAAGGUGGCCCAGCUGGCGGGCUCGGUGGCCGAGCACUCGGCGUACCACCACGGUGAGAUGUCCCUCAUGUCCACCAUCAUCGGCCUGGCCCAGGACUUUGUGGGCAGCAACAACAUCAACCUGCUGCUGCCCAUCGGCCAGUUUGGGACCCGGCUGCAAGGGGGCAAGGACGCUGCCAGCCCCCGAUACAUCUUCACCAUGCUGAGCCCUCUGGCACGCCUCAUUGUGCCGGCGCUGGAUGACCCCGUGCUGAACCACCUGUACGACGACAACCAGAAGAUCGAGCCCGAGUUCUACAUGCCAAUCCUGCCCAUGGUCCUCGUGAACGGGGCCGAGGGAAUUGGCACAGGCUGGAGCACCAAGGUCCCCAACUACGACCCGCGGGAGGUGGUGGCCAACCUGCGGCGCAUGAUUGCCGGUGAUGAGCCCAAGCCAAUGAAACCCUGGUUCAAGAACUUCAAGGGCACUGUGGAUCAAGUGGAGGAGCAGCGCUUCGUGGUGAGCGGGGAGGUGGCGCUGCUGAGCUCAAACUCCAUCGAGAUUACGGAGCUGCCCGUGCGGACCUGGACGCAGAACUACAAGGAGAACGUCCUCGAGACGAUGCUCCACGGCACGGAGAAGGUGCCUCCCAUGAUCACGGACUACAAGGAGUACCACACGGACACCACGGUCCGAUUCGUGGUCACCAUGUCGGAGGACAAGCUGUCCAAGGCACAAGACGAGGGACUCCACAAGGUGUUCAAGCUGCAGACGACUCUCUGCACCUCUUCAAUGGUGCUGUUCAACUCCAAGGGGGUGCUCACGACGUUCCGCAACUCCACGGAGAUCAUGCAGGACUUCUACGAGACACGUCUGGAGGGCUACAAGAAGCGCAAGGCCUACAUGUUGGGCCUGCUGACGGCCGAGGCCAAGCGGCUGGAGAACCAGGCCCGUUUCAUCCUGGAGAAGAUAGACAACGUCAUCAAGAUAGAGAACCGCAAGCGCAAGGAGAUGAUCCUGACGCUGCGGGAGCGCGGCUACGACCCGGACCCGCUGCUGGAGUGGAAGAAGCAGCAGGCGCAGAGUGAAGACGACGGGGAGUCUCAAGAGGAUGACGAGGACGAAGAGGACAGGGACAAAGAUGGCGGCAGCACCGGCUACAACUACCUGCUCGGCAUGCCGCUGUGGAGUCUGACCCGGGAACGCAAGGAGGACCUGCUCGCCAAGCGGGACCAGAAGAAGGGCGAGCUCGAGUCGCUGCAGCAGAAGACUCCGGCGGACCUUUGGUCCAUGGACCUGGAUGUCUUCAUGGCCAAGCUGGACGAGGUGGAGGAGGCGCAACGACGGGAUGAGGCGGCCGGAGGCACCAAGGCAGUAGUCAAAACCGGCAAGGGCCGUCCCAAGCCCUCGAAGAAGAUGGAAGCGGAGACGCUGCCGUCGCCGUUUGCGGAGCGCGUCCAGCCCAAGAUCGACUGGGAGGCCAGGAAGGCCAAGGCAGAGAAGGGCGCUCCGGGCCGCAAGCCCCGCAAGGCGGCCGAGGACGGUGUCAAGACAGAGGGCGACAACCCGGACAAUCCGGAUGCACCGCCAGCUAAAGCACCGCGCAAGCGUGGGCCGGCUAAAGCUGGCUCUGGCGACAAGAAGCGGUCGCCGAAAAAGAAGCGCCGGAGCUGGUCGGGUUCCUCGGACGACGAGGACUCUGUAUAUAGCAUGGGCUUCGCAUCGGACGACGACGAAGAGCGCCCGGUGAUUCCGCCCGAGCGCCAGACGUCGCGCCGUGCCGCGCUCGCCCGGCCAAAGUACAAGAUAGACGACAGCGACGAAAACACUGACGAGGAUGAAGACCUCGUCGAGGUGAAGCCGCCGGCCAAGAGCAAGGCCGGCACCAGCAAGGCAGAGCCGCCAGCCCCCGCAGCACCGGCAGCGCAGGAAAACGGGUGCGUUGGGAAGGACGACGCGUUCGAUGAAGACAGUGACAGCGACAACCAGCUCGUGCCGCUUUCGCAGCGGCUCAGUGGCGGCAACCCUGAUGCUGAGAAGGCCUUCGACUCGCUGUUCGGCGCCAGCGGCAGCGGCGGCACUGGCACGGCGCAGAAGGAGAAGUCGGCGUUGCCGAAGAACAGUGGUUCGGAGAGCGAAGAGACAUCUUCGCCUGUCGUGAAGCCAACGGUGCAGCGGAAGGCGGUGCCCCAAAAGAAACUCGUAACGAGCGACUCGGACGUCUCCGAGCCGGAGGACGACGACUUCCGACCCAAGAAAGCAGCGCCGGCGAAGAAGCCCGCGGCAAAGCCGGCCUCAAAGCCGGCCCCAAAGCCGGCUGCGCCCAAGGGCCGCAAGAAGAAGGUUGCAGAUUCGGAUUCGGACGAGCCCAAGAAGGCGAGCAAGUCGAAGAAGGCAAGGAAAGCAUCGUCGGACGAAGACGAGGUCGUAGACGACAGCCCGGUGGCGCGGCGCCCGACAACGGGGCGUGCCAAGAAGCCGACCACAUUUGUCUUUGGAAGUGACAGCAGCGACGAUGGGUUCUAACCCCAGUUUCCUCCUUACUUCGUUUGCACCCGGAUCCCCGAAAGACAUUCCAUCGCCACUCCCUCUUCUUGCGACGGACGCAGGUCGCGUCGUCGCACUUUUGCUAUCGGUAGCGUUUUAGACGAGCCGGGGGUUUCCUCCACAGUCUCAUUUGUCCCUUUUUCCCACCCGUCCCCUCUUUUAUGGUUACACGUGUACAUCACUCGCAUUUAGACUCCGUUUUAGUACAACUUUAUGAAAUGGAUACUUAUUAUUUAAAUAGCGGAAGACAUCUUUUUACCCUGUCAUCAGCAUAUGAACUCUCCUUUGUCCCACUAGCUCCUCCACUCCGCUUUUUUUUUAAUGUUGUGGUUCUCACGUUUUUAAAUGUAAAAUAAAUGGUUUGUCAGUA